AUGACCGUCAUCGCCCCCGGUGCCAAGCUCGGCCUGCCAGAUCUCCCCCCACCUCCUCCCGGCGCCGACCCACGCGAACCAGAGAACCAGAACCUCUCGCGGUUCAGCCGGACGCCCCAGCGUGCGCGGAGUCCGUUCUCGUCGCGUGCGUCGUCGCCCACGCGGACCGACUCUACGUCGCCGCCGCCGCCGCCUCUCCUGGCCCCCAAGCCCCGGACAGCGAGUGCGAGUGGCGCUGGGAUCCGCCAGAGCGUCCACCACCACCACCCGAUCGCGUCUCAUGGAGCGCACCUGUCGUCGCGCCCGUCGUCGCCCAGCAGCAUCCACUCGUCGGGCAGCGCCAUCUUUGAGCGUGAUAUCGAACUGCCGGCUGUGGCCAGCUUGACCCUCAACACCUCAAACCCAACACUCAACCACAAGUCGAGCCGCAUCUUCCAGCCCCACGGGUCAAACCUCGAGCAGACUGUCCCAGCUGUCCUGGACGAUGCCGUCGAGGCCCUCACUGCCCCACAGGCCAUUGAUGGCCUCGAGAUUGAGGCACCCAGCUCGGCGUCUACCACGGCAAUGGCACGCUCGCCAAGUGCUCAGUUGUCCCCGGCUCUCCGCGCACGCGUCACCAGCGUCCCGGCCGGUGCGUCGCGCUCGCCCUCGCCAGAGACACCUGGAUCUCCAGUCACCUCGCCGCUCACUCUUGCCACCACGGCCGCAGCCAUGGUCCACGCGGCCAACGACAAGGCCGCCACCUCGCCCAUCUCGCCUGUCCACCCAGUAGGCGUGGAAACCCUCCUUGGUUCGACCAAUUCGUCCCCGACGGCGACAAAACAGCGCCCGCCGCCCCUCCGCCAGAUAAGCAAUGGCCCCCAGCUCCCUGGCGGCUGGGCGUUUGGCGACGAGGACGUCGUGACCCCAAGGCCCGACGACCUCGAUACGCCGUCGGCGCCCACCCCACUCCCCUCGCACCUCUCGCCGUCCAAGUCGCAGGACAAGCGCCGUAUCAGCUUCAUCAGCUACAACGACCUCCUCCUGAGCGUGCCCACAACAGUGACAAACCUCGGCGAAAUCACAUCGGGCAAUCUCUCCCCGGACCACUUGCCCGGUACCGUGUCGCCCAGCGUCCCCUCCCGUUCGCCUGCCGUCUCGCAGAGCCCCGUCAGCCUCUCGACUCUGGCGCCGCCUUCGGUCCCGUCCUCGUCUGUCCCCGAGGCCGAGUGGUCGCGCGAGGGCCUUGGCCGCGGAUUGGAACAGCGCCUCGAGGACCUCGUCGCGCAAGAUAACAAGGCCUAG